GUGCACUAAAUGUGAAGGAGUACGUCAUUUGUAAACCAGCCCGUGGCUGACAGGGCGGACUGAAUCAGUCCCCUCCACUGCGGAGUCCUGUGUGCUCGCUUUCCUAACACCGUCUGUGUACACAAGCAGCGCGGCAUCAUGGUUCUUGACCUAGACCUGUUCCGGACAGAUAAAGGCGGCGAUCCAGAAAUUGUGAGAGAGACGCAACGGAAAAGGUUUAAAGAUGUGUCCUUGGUGGAUAAACUCGUUGAAGCAGAUAAGGAAUGGCGGAAAUGUCGCUUCAUUGCAGACAACCUUAACAAGGCAAAGAAUUUAUGCAGCAAAUCUGUUGGUGAGAAAAUGAAGAAGAAGGAGCCAGUUGGAGAUGAUGACACCCUCCCAGAGGAGGUCCAGAGCCUGGAGACACUCACAGCAGAGAUAUUAUCAACACUGACCGUGACUCAGAUUAAAAAGGUUCGAACAUUGGUGGAUGAAGCAAUUAAAAAAACAGACGACGAGCGGUUAAAGCUGGAGGUGGAGCGCUUUGAGUCCCUGAGAGAGAUUGGCAACCUCCUUCACCCCUCUGUUCCCAUUAGCAAUGAUGAGGAUGCUGAUAAUAAAGUUGAGCGCACCUGGGGUGACUGCACAGUGCAGAAGAAGUACUCUCACGUGGAUCUGGUUGUCAUGGUGGAUGGAUAUGAAGGAGAGAAAGGUGCCAUCAUUGCAGGAAGCAGAGGAUAUUUCUUGAAGGGACCUCUAGUUUUCCUGGAGCAGGCUUUGAUUAACUAUGCCCUGCGGGUCCUUUACAGCAAGAAUUACACGAUCCUCUAUACACCUUUCUUCAUGCGGAAAGAGGUCAUGCAGGAAGUUGCUCAACUCAGCCAGUUUGACGAGGAGCUAUACAAGGUUAUUGGGAAGAGCAGUGAGCAUUCUGAUGAUACAUCAGUGGAUGAGAAGUAUUUGAUUGCCACUUCAGAACAGCCCAUAGCAGCCUUCUUGAGAGAUGAGUGGCUUAAGCCGGAGGACCUUCCCAUACGCUAUGCUGGCAUUUCUACCUGCUUCAGACAGGAAGUGGGUUCCCAUGGCCGAGACACCCGUGGCAUAUUUAGGGUUCACCAGUUUGAAAAGAUUGAACAGUUUGUGUAUGCCUCACCUCAUAACAACAAGUCAUGGGAGAUGUUUGAUGAGAUGAUCACAACUGCAGAAGAUUUCUAUCAGUCCCUAGGAUUACCCUACCGCAUUGUUAACAUUGUCUCUGGUUCUUUAAACUAUGCAGCCAGUAAGAAGCUGGAUUUGGAGGCUUGGUUCCCAGGAUCUCAGGCUUUUAGGGAGCUGGUGUCUUGCUCCAACUGCACGGACUAUCAGGCUCGCCGCUUACGUAUACGCUAUGGCCAGACAAAGAAGAUGAUGGAUAAGGCUGAGUUUGUGCACAUGCUCAAUGCAACCAUGUGUGCGACUACCCGUGUAAUCUGCGCUAUUCUGGAGAACUACCAGACUGCAGAGGGCAUAAUCAUUCCAGAGCCACUCAGAGAGUUCAUGCCUCCAGACUUAACAGAAAUAAUCAAGUUUGUGAAGGCAGCUCCUAUUGACCAAGAGCUGUCAAAGAAGCAGAAGAAACAACAUGAGGGAGGAAAGAAGAAGAAGCUGCAAGCCAAUGACACUGACUUACAAAACAAAGUAGAGAACAUGUCAGUGAGCAACUCCUAAAAACCUCUGUCCUGCAGCUGUGGCUAUUCAUUAUAGGUCUCUUCAAAACUUCAAUUUCAUCCCAUUAAUCUAUUAUAAAUAUAUAAUUUCACACCACCUCUUUGGGUGGCAGUCAUGCAUGUAAACAUCACGGUUAGUUUCGCUGACAUGAAACAUGGCUUCAUGUUCACUGGUGACCUGUUAUAGCUGUCAACAAUGAUCUGUACAGAACUUGCUUGAGAUAUCUUCAGAGAUUCGAGUUUGGUGGCACAUCCAAAUAAAUGAGUAUGUAACAAUG